CAUCCCAAGUGUUGAGUGAGAGUAUGAGUAUAACAUAACUGGACCCGCACGUCACCGCCGGGGUCUCGGUUCUCCCGAUAUCCGGCGCGAUUUCAUUCAUUUCUACUUACUUCACCUGGACCUUCUAUGAGAAACACAACCACCUCAAUGCUACCAUGUGUGGCAUCUUUUUCUCCUUGAGCGCAUCCCAGCCCGUGCUGCCUAACGAGGAGACUUGCUGUUUAUUGCGCAAACGAGGUCCCGAUAGUUUCCAAGUUCAUCAAGUUCAGCGGAAUGCCAACACAAACCAGACAAGGACCGUACGGACUUUCCUUACCUUUGUGUCGACAGUUCUGUCGAUAAGAGGUGACCAUAUCGUCAUCCAGCCUCUUGUGGACACCGUCACUCAAUCUGUAUUUUGCUGGAAUGGUGAUGCCUGGAAGGUAGCAGGGGAACCCAUUCGAGGUAAUGAUACCCAACUGAUCUUUAAUUUACUACUGCAAGCUGUGAGGCCACCGUACGACUCAGAACCGUCAAAUGCCAUUGAUGAUGCAGGUUCUGUUCAGAGAAUUAUCGAUGUUAUCAGUAGCAUCUCCGGGCCGUUUUCCUUUGUGUUCUAUGAUGCUGUAAAUGCGAAACUGUACUUCAGCAGGGACUGUCUUGGGAGACGGUCCCUGCUUCAAGGCCUCGAUGAAACCGGGGCUCUGAAGAUCUGCAGUAUCUGUGACGGGACAUCUUCCACCCACUUCGAAGAAGUUGCCACAACGGGAGUGCACAUGGUUGAUUUGACACAAACUGUCUUUCAAGAUUCGCCCACAUCCGAUAUUAGUACUACUCAUUUCAAUCCUAGCAGCUUACAAACACUACCAUGGGAGGACAUAGAUUCUCCUGGCCAUCUGAAAACCCCUAUUCCUCCCAUGAAUAGGUCCAUUCCGCAGGACAUUCCCCCUCAACUAAGUGUUGAGUCUCCUUGUGUGAAUGACCUUGAGCAAAGGCUGCGUACAUCGCUUACACUCAGAGUUCAUAAUGUGCGAGAACCCCCUAGUUUCACUACGGAAAGCAAUGCAAAGGUUGCCGUGCUGUUCUCUGGGGGCCUUGAUUGUACUAUACUCGCUCGACUUUCGCAUGAACUUCUUCCGAGCGACGAGUCAAUCGACUUGCUCAACGUCGCUUUCGAAAAUCCACGUGUAGCAGCUGCAAUGAGCAAAGAAGCGAAAACAGGCUUAGUGUAUGAAAACUGUCCUGACCGCAUCACUGGCCGCGCAGCAUUUGCAGAACUUCGGACCGUCUGUCCCGACCGCAACUGGCGCUUUGUCGCAAUCGAUAUACCUUACGUGGAGACGGUUGCACAUCGUGACACGGUGAAACGUUUGAUGAGACCGCACAAUACCGAAAUGGACUUAUCUAUUGCAUGUGCAUUGUACUUCGCCUCACGUGGACAAGGCCAAGCACUUGACAGCCAGCAAGGCUCCACCGAACCAAAACCAUAUACGACGCCGGCAAGAAUACUCUUAUCCGGCCUUGGAGCCGAUGAGCUCUUUGCUGGAUACGGGCGACAUGGCAUAGCCUACUUGCGCAGUGGGUUCGAGGGACUCAUCGACGAGAUUGACCUUGACGUCAGCCGUCUCGGGAAGCGCAACCUCGGCCGCGACAACCGAGUAAUAGCACACUGGGGCCGCGAAGCUCGGUUCCCAUAUCUAGACGAAAACUUCGUCUCCUGGGCUGUGCAAGCCCCGGUCUGGGAGAAAUGCGGAUUCGGCCUCCCCGAUCCCAACCCGGAGGGAUCAAGCGCCGGCAUCGACCCAGAAAAGAGAGCCCUCCGCCUAGUAGCCCUGAAACUAGGCAUGUCGAACGUGGCGCGAGAAAAGAAACGCGCCAUCCAAUUCGGCUCUCGAACAGCAAAGAUGGAAAAAGGUAGAGUAAAAGGCACCGAUGCCCUCAGCUAAAAAAAACCUCUGCAACUUUCGACACUCCUUGUCCGUCCUCUCUCCCUUGAACAAAACAUACAAUCUCUCCCCCCAAACAACCACCAAAAUUAAACCCAGCAGUGAUGAUAAACCCAUGGAUCAGAUACUUCUGAGCCCAUCCCCCACCUAGCCUCAAACCCCCUUUACUACCAUUCAUCCAGCAUCGGGCGACAUACGAUUUCCUUUGAUCGCAGACUACUCAUCCAGCCCACCAGUUUCCGAACUCACACUCAGCCAUUGUGCACAGAAAGACACCGCCAUCUUAUUAUUGUUGUACCCUCUGCGCUGGCCGUCAGAGGGAGGGCUAGGGCAAUAAUGGGACUGGAAGGUUCUACCUGUGCUACAUAAAAUGGCAAUGGGCGGGUUAUGGGAACAGGUUUG